AUGAUCUAGUGGUAGCGGAGGGUAUCUUCAUCAUUUACUAGAAUCAAUUUAUCCACAUGACCAAGCGUGGCCCAGAUGAUUUGCAAUUGUCACUGAGGAACGGUGUUGGUGGAGCAUCGACGACGGCACCCGGUGUUGCCGCUGCUGCUUAUUACGCCAACGUGAUGACGGCGGACUCGGAACCAAAAAAAGCGAAACUUGAUCCAACACUUUAUUCAUCUCAAUUUUAUACACCUGCAAUGCAUCAUGGUUUAAUGACGGCUGAUGCUUCAACAGUGGCUGCAGUGACUGCUGCCGCAAAUGCAACUACGGCACAACUUCUUACUGGUAACCCAAUUACUCAGAUUCAGGGAAUUCAACUUUCAACGCUGCCCCAAUGUAAUUCAACAUCUGCUGUCACAUCUAUUCCAGUAUCCAAGGUGGUCCACGUACGCAACAUCCCGCCCGACUUGGUGGAUGUUGAGCUUAUGCAGUUGUGCAUUCAAUACGGCCCAGUUUCCAACUACAUGAUGCUGAAGGGAAAGAGCCAGGCGUUCGUCGAGUACGAGGAGGAGGCCAGUGCAGCUGCGUUUGUCUCUGGGAUGACUGCUGUUCCAAUUCAGAUCCGCGGCCGGACACUCUUCGCGCAGUACAGUACUCACCGAGAGCUGAAAUUCGACAAAAAUAAGGCAAUUAGUGAUACAGAGAGCGUCGCCAAUGGAUCGGUAUCAAACUUUGAAGUUGGCACCCAGCAACAACCAAACAGCGUUCUCCGAACAAUCAUUGAAAAUAUGAUGUUCCCAGUCAGCCUUGAUGUUCUUUAUCAGCUUUUCACUCGUUAUGGAAAAGUGCUUCGUAUUAUCACUUUCAACAAAAAUAACACUUUCCAAGCACUUGUCCAAAUGAGUGAGGCCAAUUCCGCUCAACUAGCAAAACAAGGACUUGAAAAUCAGAAUGUGUACAACGGGUGUUGCACACUUCGUAUUGACUACAGUAAACUGAGCACCUUGAAUGUCAAGUAUAACAACGACAAAUCUCGUGACUACACGAACCCAAAUCUUCCAGCUGGAGAGAUGACUUUGGAGCAAACGAUCGCAAUGAGUAUUCCUGGCCUUCAAAAUCUGAUUCCGGCUAAUCCAUAUAACUUCGCGUUUGGCGCAAAUCCGGCUACAACUUUCUUGACUACUCAAUUGGCUGCAAGUACAGCUGCAGCUGCAGCGGUUAAUGAUUCUGCAAACGCGGCUGCUCUUGCACCAUACCUGAACCCACUGGGCUUGACGUCUGCCAACUUGGCACCUUCAAUUUCAUCCAUGCGAUUCCCGAUGAUCAAUUUGACACCGGUCAUCCUGGUUUCCAAUCUUCAUGAGAUGAAAGUCACCACGGAUGCCCUCUUCACCCUUUUUGGGGUCUACGGAGAUGUGAUGCGAGUCAAGAUACUGUACAACAAGAAGGACAACGCGUUGAUCCAGUAUUCGGAGCCACAACAAGCACAGCUAGCUCUGACCCAUUUGGACAAAGUAAAAUGGCAUGAUCGCCUGAUCCGUGUCGCUCCAUCCAAGCACACAAAUGUUCAAAUGCCAAAGGAAGGACAACCAGAUGCAGGAUUGACUCGUGACUACGCUCACUCGACACUUCAUCGCUUCAAGAAGCCCGGUUCAAAGAACUAUUUGAACAUUUAUCCGCCAUGUGCAACACUUCAUCUUUCGAACAUUCCCACAAGUGUUAGCGAGGAGAAGCUUAAAGAGAUGUUUGCGGAGGCGGGAUUUGCUGUAAAGGCUUUUAAAUUCUUUCCAAAAGACCAUAAAAUGGCACUUUGUCAGCUAGAAGACAUCGAGACGGCGAUCGAUGCUCUCAUCGCAAUGCACAAUCAUAAACUCGCCGAGAAUGCUCAUUUGCGUGUUUCCUUCUCCAAAUCCGGCAUCUAGUCAUUUCAAAGAUUCCCCGUCUUCCUCUGAAAUUUUUCCGGUUUUUGAUGUUCCAUUCCCACCAACGUUUUUUUUUGAAAUUCAAACUAGUCUUCAAUAAGCUUUUGAUUUAAAUUUUUUUUUCAUUCUUAAACAAUUUUCUUUUUUCUUUUUUCCAAGAAGAAACAUAUCUCCGGAUGUAUAGAACCCCCUCCUCUUCCCCCAAACAAAUUCACAAAAUAUUGAUUGACACUCUUCAUUUGCUUUAAGUUUUUCCUCAAAAAAAAAAAAUUCAGACAAUUUUCAUUGAAGUCUCCCUGCUCCAUUUUUUCCCGUUUUACCCAUUUUUGUAAUAAUCCUGUGAUAUCUCAUGAUUCAUAGUAGUCCUUCUUGUCCCUAAAAGUUACAAUGUUAUUUCAUUCUAGUAUUUAUUCAACAAAAACAUUUUAAGGACGGUCCCCAAGUUUUAAAAGAGAUUUUUUUGAUAAUUCUUAAUAAAAAAAAUUGAAAAUU